AUGUGCGAAGAACCGUACCUGCUUUGGAAGAAGCAUAUGGGCCAACUCGUUGUCGCCAACUGGAGCCAACUCAUUGAUUCUUAUGCACUGCUUUUUGGCACUCCAGAACCAGUUGAUCUUGUCUAUAUCGAACGAAUGCUCAAGGCACAGCAACAAAACAGUCAAAUCACGGCCUAUGCAUUUAUCACCAAGAUGGUCAUACAGAUGAGGGCAGACAAGUGGGCAAGGCUUUUGAAAGAAGCAAGAAAUGUCAAGGACGAAAAGGACGAAAUUGUGGACAAGAAACUGUUAAAAGCAAGCCGUGUUGACAAGGCUAGACGGGUAGUGAGCUUCUUUUACCAAUGCUACAUGGUCAUGUGGCGUGUUUGA